AUGGCUGCAGAGUUUCUUACUUUUGGUGCAGAGGGAAUUCUGACGAGGGUGGCUUCACUUGCAGAGCAACAACUCAGUCUUCUCUGGGGAUUCAAAGGAGAGCUAACAACUCUACGAGACUCAUUAUUCAAGUUGGAAGCUAUGCUCAGAGAUGCACAACAUUUACAAGUUCGGGGUGAGAGGGUGGAGAUGUGGGUGAAGGAUCUGGAAGGCAUAGCUCAUGAAGCUGAUGAUGUGUUGGAUGAAUAUGAAUAUGAACUUCUCCGGCGGAAAGUGGAGAUCCAAAACCAGAUCAAGAAAAAGGUGCUCAACUUCUUUUCACGCCACAAUCCCAUCGCAUUUCGUCUCAAAAUGGCACAUAAAAUUAAAAACGUAAAUGCAUCUUUGGCAAACCUGAAGAAUGAGGCAGCUAGUAUUGGACUGGUUGAUAGGUCAACAUUGGUCAAUGCAACAUCUCAUGAUAUUGGAGGACUUGACAGGGAAACCGUCUCGAACUUUGAUCAAGAUGAAAAGUACAUUGUUGGAAGGACGGAGGUUGCGUCGGACAUAGUUACAACCCUGAUCAACUCUGGCAAGAACCAAGAGAAUUGUCUUUCUGUUAUGGCCAUUGUGGGGAUGGGAGGCUUGGGCAAGACAACUUUGGCUAAAUCCGUAUAUAAUGAUCCUCAGAUAGGUAGACACUUCGAUAAAAAAAUAUGGGUAUGUGUAUCUACUCCAUUUGAAGUAAAAAAGAUUUUAAGCGAGAUCUUGGAAUGUCUUAAACCAGAGAAAGCUGGGAUAAAGGGUAAAGCAACAAUAUGUGAAAACCUGCAAGAAGAUUUGAAAGGGAAGACAUAUCUUCUCGUGCUUGACGAUGUUUGGAACGACGAUCCUAACAAAUGGGACGAUUUGAUGAGUUGCUUGUUGAAUGCUACAAGCACUAAAGCAAGCAAAAUCCUUGUCACUACCCGCAAUGUGAGUGUUUCAUUAAUUGUACAAACACUUCCUACAUGUGUUCUGGGAAAACUGUCGGAGGAUCAAUGCUGGCGCAUAUUGAAGUAUAAAGCGUUUCCAGAUGCGAAUACUGUUUUAAGUGAAGAUCAAGAGAAAAUUGGAAGGGAGAUUGCCAAAAAGUGUGCAGGUGUACCAUUAGUGGCAAAGGUUUUGGGAAAUAUGAUGCGUUCCAAAGAUACUGAUGGAUGGCGGUCAAUUCUAGAAAAUAGAAUAUGGGAUUUACCGGAAGGAGAAGAAAGAAUCUUGUCGGUUUUGAAGUUGAGUUUUGAUGAAUUGAAACCACCAUAUUUGAAACAAUGUUUUGCAUAUUGCUCAAUGUUUGUCAAAGAUUUCCGAAUUGAAAAGGAUGACUUGAUCAACCUUUGGAUGGCUCAAGGAUUGCUUUACCCUUCUCCUCCCAACAGACGUAAUCUAGAGAUGGAGGAUAUAGGAAAUGAAUAUUUUAAUAUUCUAUUGCACAACUCUUUCUUUCAAGAUGUUCAAAAGUAUGAUCGUGGUGGUAUUAUAAUGUGCAAGAUGCACGACCUUGUGCAUGAUCUCGCAGAACAUGUGUCAAAACGGAAGAGCAAUAACUCCAAUGAGACUCGACAUAUGACACAUAUUCCUACCUUGGUGCUGCAAGGAGUUCCAGAAAGAAGUGCUCAUAAAUUGCGCUCACUUUUCUUGGAUGUUGAAGGUCUUGGUGAUAUCUUACCAAAGUUUAGAGGUUUGCGUGUCUUAAAUUUAUAUGAAGCUAAUAUUGAGGAGUUGCCCGUUUCAAUUGGAAAGUUGAAACACUUGAGGUAUUUGGAUGUUUCCUAUACAAAGAUCAAGGCACUACCCAAAUCCAUUGGAAAGCUUUAUAAUCUACAAACACUAAGAAUGUACGGGGCUAAGCUCGAAGAGUAUCCAAAGGAACUGCAAAAUUUGAUAAACUUGAGACAUGUUUAUUUUGAUCAGGAUUAUAUGAAAUUUCCAGCUGGGAUGGGGCGAUUGACUAAUCUCCGAACAUUAAAAUUUUUUGUGGUGGGUAAGGAGACAGGUCGUAGAAUAGAGGAGUUGGUUGGCUUAAACCUGUUAAAAGGUGGAUUAUCUAUCUAUAACCUAGAGCAUGUGAGAGAUGGAGAAGAAGCCAAGAAAGCAAAAUUAGUGGAGAAGGCAAACAUACGCAAGUUAAACUUUGCAUGGGAGCACGACAGGUCAAGCAUCAUCAAUGAUGAAGAGGUACUAGAAGGCCUUCAACCACACCCUAGUAAACUGGAAGCUUUAGGGUUUUCCAACUUCAUGGGCGAUAAAUGUCCAUCAUGGAUCAUGAGUAGUUCGUUUCCUGCAUUGAAAAGGUUAUCUAUUUCUAAUGCCAGGAACCUAACUGAAUGGUCGGAAAGUGGGAUAGUGGUGUUUCCUUGCCUCGAGAAGCUGCAUUUGUGGAAUUGUGAUAAAUUGAGAAGUGCUCCCAGCAAUUUCCCAUAUCUCAAGGAGUUGGAGAUACAUACCAUGGGUAGCGGCAUGCCAAUAGCAAACAUAAGCAAUAAGCUGACCACUCUUACUUCCCUCACAAUAAGUAAGAUAAGCGGACUUGUUUCUCUGCCAGAAGGAAUGCUAAAAAACAACAAGAAUCUUGCAUACUUGGAGAUAGAAGAUUGUCAGGAGCUAACUCGUAUUGCUCCUGAUGAUGUAGUUGGCUCUUGCGCAUUUCUUGAGUCAGUGAGUAUUUCCAAGUGUCCUAUUCUUGCUUAUUUGCCUGAUGGGCUACUCACAACAUCUCUUAAGAACCUGACUGUACAAGAUUGCAAUAGUCUACAGUUGAUUCAAGUUACACACGGCCUCUCAUCCCUCUGCAAAUUAAAGAUUACACGCUGUCCGGAGUUGUCAAGUCUACCAAGUGGGUUAGAUUAUUGUACCUCCCUUCAGGAGUUGACAAUAUCGAAUUGUGAUAUGCUAUCAUCCGCUUUGAUUCACAGCCUCUCAUCCCUCCGGAAGUUGUCUAUAUUUGGUUGCAACAGGAGUCCAGAGUCUGUUCCAAGUUUACUCGGCUUCACAUGCCUUCGCGAAUUGAGAAUCAAAGAUUCCCCUGGAUUGACAAGUCUGCCAGUAGGGUUGGAAUCCUGUUCUUCUCUUGAGGUGUUGAUAAUAAGCAAGUUGCCGAAUGUAGAAUCUAUUCCAAGUUUAGACAACCUCACAAACCUCCAUGAAUUGAGGAUAUUUUCUUGCGAUGGAUUGAAAAGUCUACCCAGUGGAUUUGCAAUAACAUCACGCCUCAUGGACUUGAAGAUAUUGGAAUUCGGUGGCUUUUGGAAGGAGCUAGAUUCAUUCCCUGCUUUUCAGGUUAUAUCACAACUUGAAACAUUAUCGUUAUGGGGUUGGCCUAAGCUCAAGUCUCUGCCCGAACAAAUUCAACACUUGACUUCUCUAACAUAUCUCAGUGUGCAAUGCUUUGACGAAAUGGAGGCUCUUCCAGAGUGGUUGAGAAACCUUACAUCUCUUAAGUACCUGGACAUAUGUCGUUGCAAGAAUAUGAUGUAUCUACCUACACUAGAAGCUAUGCAAUGUCUCACCAAAUUAAAUUCCAUAGAAAUUUAUGAUUGUCCCCUUCUAAAAGAGAGAUGCAACAAGGAGAGCGGCUUAGAGUGGCCCAAGAUUUCUCAUAUUCCAUAUAUAGAGGUUAAUGUUCAUUAUCUUAAUUCUUUCCCCGUGGUGUGUGGAGUGUUGAUUGAAGCUGCAUAUAUGCUACACAUCAUCACCAUUGAAGAAAAGGUGUCCCUUCCCUACAGCCUACAGGUGGUCUAUUGUUAUUUUGGCAGAAUUUGGAGGUGGGUUUUUUAUUUGUUACCUGAAGAAGCAUUUUUUGUAAUGGGAGCAAACAGAGUCCAGGUAUUCAAAAGCACUCCAAUUUCUACAGAUAUUCCAGUGACUGAUGGGGGCGUAAAUCCAACACAAGCCACCAACUCAAAUGAUCACAAAAUCAAGACAGAAGUCACAGGCUGCUCAAAUUUUGUGUGCCGAUCAGAAUCGUUUGUAGUUGGAAUAUUUUGGACAAGGUACAGAGCAACAUUGGUGCACAAGCUGGUGGCAGCAGUUCAAGGUGCUGCUUCAGAGGGGGCUGAGGGAGCGAAGGAACGAAGCAUUCAACAGGCUAAGAAUUCCUCCGGUGGCGCACUCCCACGUUUCACAUUGAAGACCAUUGCUUUGCUCUUCUUCUUCUCCGUGUUCUGGGGGUUCUACCCACUUUACAAUGCAGUUUUCACAUUUCCCCAGGAAAGAAGAAUGCUGAUAAAAGAACGGUCAUCAGGAUCAGGAAUGUACCGGCUUUCGUCCUACUUCCUAGCAAGAACAGUUGGAGACCUGGCACUCCCAACAGCAUUUGUAGUAAUAAUUUAUUGGAUGGGAGGGCUUAAACCUGAUCCCUUCACUUUCAUCCUCUUCCUGCUGGUGGUUCUUUACAACGUCCUUGUGUCCCAGAGUCUUGGCUUAGCCACUGGAGCCAUUCUGAUGGACAUAAAGCAAGCCACUAAUUUGGCAUCUAUUACAACACUUGUUUUCCUCAUCGCCGGCGGAUACUACAUUCAACAGAUUCCUGCCUUCAUUGUCUGGUUAAAGUACUUGAGCUACGUACAGCUACUACUGUUACAAGCUUCUGCUGUUACAAGUUUGUGA